GGCACGAGCCGUGACGUGACGUUGGCGGGCGCGCGCAGCGUGGCUCCCGGAAAGGAGCCGAACCUCCGGGAAGCUGGUGGCCGGGAUGCGGUGCGCUAGUGGCCGCCCGCCCCCUUGGAGCCGCGGCCCGCCCAGCAGGGUGCCUCUGACUCCAGGAAGACCCCAGCUCUGAUUCUGUCAUUGUAGAUGACAAGAACUGACUCCCACAACAUCGCCUGGAUCUUGGUUGGUCUUUCAGUAUGGGGAGGAUUGGCAUUUCCUGUCUCUUUCCUGCCUCUUGGCAUUUUAGCAUCUCUCCAGUGGGCUGUCCUCGAAUUCUGAACACCAAUUUUCGACAAAUCGUUGUCAUUAGUAUCCUGGCUGCAGCUGUCUCCCUUUUAUACUUCUCUGUUGUCAUAAUCCGCAGCAAGUAUGGGUGGCUGUCAAAAGACAAGAAAUUUCAAAGGUACUUGGCCCGAGUCACAGACGUUGAGGCUACAGACACCAACAACCCCAACGUGAACUAUGGCAUUGUGGUGGACUGCGGCAGUAGUGGGUCUCGGAUAUUUGUCUAUUGCUGGCCUCGGCACAACGGCAAUCCUCAUGAUCUGCUGGACAUCAAACAGAUGAGGGACAAAAACCGGAAGCCAGUGGUGAUGAAAAUUAAGCCUGGCAUCUCAGAGUUUGCUACCUCUCCAGAAAAAGUCAGCGAUUACAUUUCUCCGCUUCUGAGCUUUGCUGCAGAACACGUGCCUCGGGCAAAACACAAAGAGACACCUCUCUACAUUCUCUGCACAGCCGGAAUGAGAGUCCUUCCUGAAAGCCAGCAGAAAGCCAUCCUGGAGGACCUCCUGACUGACAUCCCUGUGCACUAUGACUUCCUGUUUUCUGACUCCCAUGCCGAAGUCAUCUCAGGAAAACAAGAAGGUGUGUAUGCUUGGAUCGGCAUUAAUUUUGUCCUCGGACGAUUUGAGCAUAUUGAGGAGGAUGAUGAGGCCGUUGUGGAAGUCAACAUUCCCGGCAGCCAGAGCAGCGAGGCCAUCGUGCGGAAACGGACAGCUGGUGUUCUUGACAUGGGAGGCGUGUCUACUCAGAUAGCGUAUGAAGUCCCCAAAACUGUAAGCUUGGCCUCCUCACAGCAGGAAGAAGUAGCUAAAAACUUGUUAGCCGAAUUCAACCUGGGGUGUGAUGCCCACCAGACUGAGCACGUGUACCGCGUCUAUGUGGCCACGUUUCUUGGGUUUGGUGGUAAUGCUGCUCGGCAGAGAUAUGAAGACAGACUGUUUGCCAACACAGUUCAGAAAAACAGGCUCCUGGGUAAACAGACUGGUCUGGCUCCUGAUGCUCCAUUCCUGGACCCCUGCUUGCCUCUGGACAUUAAAGAUGAGAUCCGGCAAAAUGGGCAGACCCUGUACCUUCGGGGGACAGGAGACUUUGACCUGUGUCGAGAGGCCCUCCAGCCUUUCAUGAACAAAACCAAUGAGACACAGACUUCCCUCAAUGGUGUCUACCAGCCUCCAAUCCACUUCCAGAACAGUGAAUUCUACGGCUUCUCUGAGUUCUACUAUUGCACCGAGGACGUCUUGCGAAUGGGGGGAGAUUAUAAUGCUGCUAGAUUUACUAAGGCUGCCAAGGAUUACUGUGCAACAAAGUGGUCGAUCUUACGGGAGCGCUUUGACCGAGGACUGUAUGCCUCUCAUGCUGACCUCCAUCGACUUAAGUAUCAGUGUUUCAAAUCAGCCUGGAUGUUUGAGGUGUUCCACAGAGGCUUCUCCUUUCCUGUCACAUACAAAAAUCUGAAGACGGCCUUGCAGGUGUAUGACAAGGAAGUGCAGUGGACCCUGGGGGCGAUCCUUUACAGGACCCGCUUUCUGCCCUUGAGAGACAUCCGACAGGAAGUGUUCCGAGCUGGGCAUGCACACUGGCGGGGCGUGUCCUUCGUCUACAACCACUAUCUGUUCUCUGGCUGCUUCCUGGUCGUCCUUCUGUCCAUCCUUCUCUACCUGCUGCGGCUACGGCGCAUCCACCGCAGGGCGCCCCGCACUGGCUCUCUGUGGAUAGAGGAAGGCCUGCCCUCCCAGAAGGGCCCUGGGCCCUUGUGACAGACACUGAGUCAGCCUGAAGAAGACUCUACAAGAAAAGCCAUUUUUGCCUCAGGGUUUCUCGUAUGCUCAGACGGUUUUGUUUGUCCCUUUCCUUUCUAUUACAAAAAAUCUUUUAUUGUAAACCCUGCUGUCUAGAGGUACUGCCAUUGAACACAGCUUUAAAUGGAGGAGUGGGAAAGGGACUCCACUCGGCUUGUGCUGCACAGUAUCUGCUGCACACCUGUAAGGUUUGUAGGACAUGCUGCACCUUCAUGUACUUGGAUAUAUGUGCAAGGGAACAGUGGGCAAGUUCCCAUCAGCAUGGGUGGGACUUCAGAGUGUCCCGGGGCAGAACCAAGCCGUGAGUUCUACCCUCUUUCCUCUCCAAACACCUCGACCUAGAAGGGAGGCGUUUGGUUUUAUUUGCUGCUCAGGUCUGUCACCAUUGGUGUUUUGGCAGAUUUAAGACUUUAGUCUUUCAUAGGAAAAAUUGACAAGAUGGUGGCACAGGGAGGCGACACUGAAGAGUGGUCAGUGAUGAGAGCUACUGAGGAGAACUGUUCCCUGCUGCAGGCGAGCACACACCUGUAAAGUAGCCACUCUUGCCCUGUGCUUGGGAUCUCUGUUGCCCUCUCAGAGGGUUUUGUUUGCUCAUUUGUUUUGGUUUGUUUGUUUGUUUGUUUGUUUGUUUUUAAACCAGAAAGCUUUUAAAGUUCCCCUGGUUUAGUGGUCUGAGAGCGGGAGUGUGCCCUGCAGAUGCCCAGCGCCUCUGAGCGGCAGGUCUGUGCUGUUGAGCUGCUUCAGGCUCUUCCACUUCUGAGCUGUCACCCCACUGUUCAGAUCUCUUCACUGUUUUUCUUCAGGACACCCCACACAUUGCUUGAUAGUCCUUGUUGUCACACCGUUGCAGCUCUCGUUGGCAAUGGUACUGUAAACCCACACGUGGAAGAGCCUGAAUUUAAAAUAAAAAAAUAAAUGGACACGUUGAAAACAAAUUUGACAUUUUAAGCAGAAACCUGGAAAGGACAACCAGGAUGUGUGAGGCUGGUGGGAGCUUGGUUUGUUCGUUCGUUCGUUCGUUCCUUUUUGUGUUGUUAAUUUAGGUCAGAAAUGUGGGGGAUCCCUAUAUGUGGGGGUUGUUUUGUUUUGGUGGUGGUGGUAGUGGUGGUGGUGAAGCACAUAUUUCCUACCCCCAUAACACUUAAGUUGAAGUAGUCGGCAGCAGAUGGAUAUUUGGAGAACUUUCAGCUGCUUAUUCAGAACUCUGAGUGAGAGAACAAUUACUCCAAAGCCUUGUCAUCCUUAGAGAAAAGGUGUGGCAUAUGCCACAACAGCCACUUAAGACUUCACAUUUAUGAAAGAAACCCAAGUUCCUCAUCUCUUCUCAUCUCUUCAAAGUGACUAUUGUAGAUGAAAGACACCAGUGGGGAGUUAGGGGCAUGGUGUUAGCCUCUGUGUGGAUCAUGCCCCAGGGGACGUGCACUGGAAUAAAUGUGAGAGGGUCAGUUUCUGAAGCCACCAGCAGCUUCAGUCCGGCCACAGGUCAGCUGGUCAUUGGAGUCCUUCCUAGUUGUCACCAUGCUGGCAUCUUUGCCUUGAAUUUCUGAGCAGGGGUAUGUGUGUGUGUGUGUGUGUGUGUGUGUGUGUGUGUGUGUGUGUGUAUGCACACCUGCACACAUGUGUCUGUGUGUGUGCCCUGUGAACUGUCUGUGGCCUUGCCGAUGAAGAGAAGGGUGGUGUUAGACUUUAGUUGUACCUCUCUCCUGAUGCCAGGCAGGAGGAAUGGUGAGGCCCCAUAAUCUGAAAAUAUGUAAACACCACUUCGAGUUUGUGGCAUUUGCCUUUACAACCAAGGCAAGGAAAAGCCAAUAUAAAAACUUGCUGAAACCUG